AUGUUAGGCCGAAUUUCUGUUGUAAAGUUGCAGGCAUUAGCCUCUGAGUUGAAGGCGGGUUUCACAGAAGCGAUGCAGGAGCUGUCGCGAAUCCAGCAUGGCGAGUAUGCACUGGAGGAGAAGGUCAAGAGCUGCCGCUGUGCCAUGGAAGAGAAAGUGGCUGAGAUGAAGAACUCCCUCAACACAUUCAAGGAGGAGCUCAGCGAUGCAAAGUCAAUGAUUGAAGAAAUCAGUGCCAAGCAGGAGGAAAUGCAACAGAAAAUUGAACAGCUGCAGCAAGAGAAGCGGCGGGAAUCACGGAAAGUGAAAGCUAAAAGAGCACAGAAGGAUGAUCAUGGGUCACAGACAGUGCCUACACCUCUUCAGGGCAGCCCAUUUCGAUCCAUUAACCUCCCAGAACCUGUACUCAUCAAUGAAGAUUUUACAAGUCUUUUACACAACGUGACUUAUGAAAAAGUGUCUGACACCAGGAUCAUGCCAAUGGGAGAAGGAAGCGUGAAAGUUGUAGCAGGUCCAGGAGCAACCAUAGAGACAGAUGACAGCCUCAAGCCUUCCUUGACAACAGAGGGGCAGUCGAAAGUACAUCUGCCAUCAACAGUGUGGAAGCAGCCCAAGGACACCAAGGACUGGGGAGAUGAAUACAUUUCCAAAGAGCAACCGGAGCGAGGGAAAGACAUCGGCCAAAGCAGAUACAGCUCAGCAGACAACAUUAUAUGUGAACCCUCCUUGGCUGCCAAAAGGCAGAACAUCGCUUUGGAACUGCUGGAGUCAGAAAGGAAAUAUGUCAUCAACCUUUCCCUAAUCCUGAAGAUCAAGGCCACGUUGCAAGGGCCAGAUGUGAAAAGGAGCACCAAAGAGAGAAGUUUCUUCCCCAACUCUUUGCGGUACCUGGUCCAGCAGCAUGUCGAUUUACUUCACGCUCUACAGGAGCGAGUUCUGAGCUGGCCACGACAAGGGAUCCUAGGAGACAUCUUCCUGAAGUUAACAAAUGAUGAGAAUAAUUUUCUGGACUACUAUGUUGCGUACCUGAGGGACCUGCCAGAAUGCAUAUCUCUGAUCCACGUGGUGAUCCUGAAGGAGGUAGAAGAAGAAAUCAAGUCUGAUCUCUACAUUCUGUUCUUCCAUAUAGUCCAGCGAAUCCCUGAAUACCUUAUUCAUCUACAGAACGUCCUGAAGUUCACGGAGCAAGAGCAUCCUGACUAUUACCUGCUGCUGGUGUGUGUGCAGCGCCUCCGGGUUUUCAUCUCACACUAUAGCCUCCUCUUCCAAUGCAAUGAAGACCUGCUGAUACAGAAGAGGAAAAAGCUGAAGAAGUCAUCCCUGGUGAAGCUGUACAAAGGUCUCACCUCCCAGUGUACGAGCCAAGAGGUUUCUCCAACACCCAGUGCAACAUCUAUCCGGGACAGUGGGAUCCACUCUGAAGAGACAAUACAGUCGUUCCCACCAGCACCUUCCUCUGGCACGACAACCCCGCAUUUGAUGCCCCAGAUGAAGAAACCCCAGCCAACUGUGAUGGAGAACAUUCAGGCUGUAAAGCCCCCUGACUGGGAAAUGGAAAGUAGAAAACAUGAGAGGCCAGAGAACAUCCUUGCAUCCUCUCAGCUCACAGAGCAGGAACUCAAGGCUCUGACAGCCCCCUUACAGUCCAUCCCUGAAAUGGAAUAUGAAGCACCACCAGCUGAUGCGGUGGGAAACACUGAGAGAGCCAUCAGGACCUCUGUGGAGCUGCUGCAGGAUGCGAGGAACUUUGCGCCAAGCUAUGAAGAGUUUGACUACCCUGGGGAAGUUUUCACCCUGCCGGGCCCUUAUGAAGAUGAUGCCUUCCAAAACCUUGCUCUCUUUGAGAAUUGCUCCCCAGCGUCUUCUGAGUCCAGCUUAGACAUUUGCUUCCUUAGACCUGUUAACUUCACAUCAGAACCAGAGAGGACAGAUCAUGCCUUACAGCCAUUACCCAAGAGCUGCACUCCCGUAAGCAGCAGUACUUACAAGCGUGAGAUGUUCCACAGCAAAGGCAAGCAGCUGAGCAGGUCUCUGAAGGAGCUGCCGAGGAGCGCUGAAGGCGUGAGCACCAGACUCUACAGCACACGGAGCAGCAGUGGGAGCCGGCUGCAGCAGAAGCAGGAGAGGAAUGUCCAGCCUCACAUGAUCUCAGCCUCAUCUCGAAGCUCCCAAAGGAGCUACUUCCCCCCACAGAGAGGAGCGGGUGAAAAACAGAGCUUUUUGGAAGAGCUCCAUGCAGAAGACAACACCAGGUUCUGCCAGAAGGAUGACAAUGAGCAAACAUCCUUCAGCGACCACAACCCACGGCACGAGCCCAAGGGGGGUUUCCGGAGCUCCUUCCGCAAGCUCUUCAAAAAGAAAUAAGCAGCCCC